GCCGAGCCUGCCUCCUUUCCGUCAGAGCGGAGCUGUCGCUGGGCCGUGCGCGGCCGCAGCGGCGCCUCCCUGGCCACGUCCUCGAUACUGCUGGGGCCGCGGUCAUGGGCAGCCCGCGGGCAGCGCCGCGUCUCCGGCUGCUGCCGCUUCUGGCGCUGCUGGGGCUGGCGGCGCCCCGCGCCCGCGCCUGGGACAGCGGCGACCUGGAGCUCUUCGACCUGGUGGAGGAGGUGCCGCGGAACUUCUACGACUUCCUGGGGGUGCAGCAGGAUGCUUCGUCUGCAGACAUUCGGAAGGCAUAUCGAAAGCUUUCACUGGUUUUGCACCCAGACAAGAAUAAAGAUGAAAAUGCAGAGACACAGUUUAGGCAAUUGGUGGCCAUCUAUGAGGUUUUAAAGGAUGAAGAAAGGAGGCAGAGGUAUGAUGAUAUUCUGAUCAAUGGACUACCAGAUUGGCGACAGCCUGUAUUCUACUACAGGCGGGUGAGAAAAAUGAGCAAUGCUGAGCUGGCAUUACUCUUGUUCAUUAUACUCACAGUGGGUCAUUAUGCUGUGGUUUGGUCAAUCUACCUGGAAAAACAGCUGGAUGAACUGCUUAGCAGAAAAAAGAGGGAGAAGAAGAAAAAAACAGGCGGCAGGGGUACAGAUGAAGCCAAACUUGCUGCUGUAGACAAAAAUGAAAGAGUACUGGACAAACCACAGUGGCAUGACUUACUUCCAUGCAAGCUGGGAAUAUGGUUCUGUCUCACUGUGAAAGCUUUACCUCAGCUGUUCCAGGAUGCCAGACAAUUAUAUGUAGAAUAUAAAGAAACAAAAAUGAAGGCGAAAGAAGAUGCCCUGGCUAAGGCUGAACUUGAAACAUUUCAGAAGGAGAAGAAGCCUAAAGCCAAGAAACCAAAAUCAGAAUUCCCUGUAUACACAGUUCUGGAAUCAAGUGCAUAUAUACCAUCAUAUGAUCAUGGAGCUUCAAUCGAAGAGAUUGAGGAACAGAUGGAUGAUUGGUUGGGAGGCAGAAACAGAACACACAAAAAAAAGGCACCUGAAUGGACAGAGGAGGACCUCAGCCAGCUGACAAGAAGUAUGGUUAAGUUCCCAGGGGGGACUCCAGGUCGAUGGGAAAAGAUUGCUCAUGAAUUGGGUCGAUCAGUGGCAGAUGUUACCAUGAAAGCCAAACAGCUGAAGGAUUCUGUUGCAUAUACACCAGGUACCAUUAGGCUCUCUGAGCUUAAAACACUGGCCCAGAACUCCAAGAAUGUCAAAGUCAACGUGAAUUUGCCAGACCACAUAAUCACCCAGCGAGAAAGAGAGGAGGAAGAAGAGGAGGAGGAAGCGAUGGUGAGCUACAGUCACAUCCCAGAGCAGAUGGAUGUCCAGACGGAUCAAAAGGAGACCACUGCAAGUGAAACUAGACACCGCAAACGAAAAGUUGUCAAAGCCCCUGAAAUGACCGUGCCAGCCACAAAAGAGGUACCGGAAGAGAAGGGCAGGGGAAGGCGCCAGAAGGAUUUUGGUAACACCGAGCAAGCGGAAGAGAGUGAUGAUGAGAGUAGAAGAAGAGAGAAAAGCCGUGCCCCGGAAGAACUGUGGACUCAAAAUCAACAGAAACUUCUUGAACUGGCCUUGCAGCAGUAUCCAAAGGGAACAUCGGAGCGCUGGGAUAAAAUAGCAAAGUGUGUUCCUGGAAAAAACAAGGAGGAGUGCAUAGCAAGAUACAAGCUGCUUGUUGAACUGGUACAAAAGAAAAAAAUGGCUAAAAGCUGAAUGUUCUGAGCAGAAGAGGUGUAGCUCAACUCUGUCAAAAUGAGGUUUUAAAUCUCAUGUGCAGGAAACUGCAUCUUUGUACCUCAGUAUUUCUAUACGUCAUGUGCCUUAGUAAAAGAGAAUAUUAAUAAAUCUUAUACCAUCUUA